CCAGGGACAUCGAGAACAGCUAAGUCGCUACUCUUUAAGGUUGAGUUAACCUCACCAGGAAGAAAAUGGAUAUCGACCUUUUGAACCCGAUCCAGGCCGAGGAGGCCAAGAAGCACAAGCUGAAGAAGCUUGUUCAGGCCCCCAACAGCUUCUUCAUGGACGUCAAGUGCCCAGGUAUAAUUACCGUUACUACCACUGCCGCUCCUCCUAAACUGAGAAAAUAGGAAGCUGAAUGAAUAUAAUCUGAGCUGCUACAGAAAGGACAAUCUGAAGUAGUAAAUGUUCUGCCCUCCUUAGAACUGUGGGGCUUUGAGGCUUCAGGUGUACGUUCUUCUUCAUAAAAGGCUUUCUUUAAAUGGUAUUUUGAGGCUGAACAGCAUGGUAAGUACAUACGACUUUCUGCAAAAUGUCCCCUUCGCGAGGACUUUCAGGAGCCGCGUUAGCUUCUAAAUCACACCAGAGAACACUAGUUUCUAAAUCACACCAGAUAACACUAGCUUCUAUCUAAAUCACACCAGACCCCAGUAGCUUCUAAAUCACACCCCAGAUAACACUAGCUUCUAAAUAGCUUCUAAAUCACGCCCUAGAUGACACUAGCUUCUAAGUCACACCAGACCACAGUAGCUUCUAAAUCACACCCCAGAUAACACUAGCUUCUAAAUCACAUCAAAAAUCCAAAAAUUUCAGGCUGCCUCCAGAUCACCACGGUUUACUCGCAUGCUCAAACCGUCGUCCUGUGCCACAACUGUAAUGUUGUCUUGUGCAAGCCGACUGGAGGUAGUUUUUUUAUUUUCUUCACCCUUUUGGUAGGGACUCCUUGUUCUCCUAAAACCUUUAGUUGUGAAUGUCUUCCUUAGUGACUUUGGACACGAUUUAGAAAAGGAAUUCCCAUAGAAGAUUGUAGGAGAUUGCGUUCUGAAUUUCGAUCUCCGAUGUGAAACUGUCGUCGACACGGAUCUGGAUAUUUUAGAAACAUUGCUCAUGCCGACUUUCUCCCACGCCAUGCUUGUCUCAUUUCAUCAAACUAAACUACUGACAGGUCAUGCCCGUCUCUCCGAGGGAUGCAGCUUCCGCCGAAAGCAAGACUAAAUUUACCUGUCCACAACAAUCCAGGGUGGUCUAAGGAGAGUGUGAAAACAGGUGUUGUAUUGCGACAUCAAAGCAGAAUGUGGGAAUAAUGGCUGCACUUUGACAAUAGAGAUUAAUGUGGAGGAGCAGAAGCAUAGCGCUACAGACCACUCGAUCAACUCUCUUUGGAUUCACUUUGAAUGCUAGACUGGUGAAGUAGCGACUGAUAAAACCAAAGCGAGGCGCUGUAGAGCGUGUUCGCGCCGCACUAGAAGUCUGUCGGUCGAGACUGACGCUGGAAUUACAUACAAGGUGUUCCACUCUGCAGUGCCGAGCAC